AUGGCGGGCUCGGAAGAGCUGGGGCUCCGGGAGGACACGCUGAGGGUCCUAGCUGCCUUCCUUAGGCGGGGUGAGGCUGUGGGGUCUCCCAUUCCGACCCCACCCAGGAGCCCUGCCCAGGAGGAGCCAACAGACUUCCUGAGCCGCCUUCGAAGAUGUCUUCCCUGCUCCCUGGGGCGAGGAGCCGUUCCCCCUGAGUCCCCUCGGCCUUGCUCCCUGCCACUCCGGCCCUGCUAUGGUUCAGAGCCUGGCCCUGCUACCCCAGAUUUCUAUGCCCUGGUGGCCCAGCGGCUGGAACAGCUGGUCCAAGAGCAACUGAGAUCCCCACCUAGUCCAGAAUUACAGUGUCCUGCACCCACAGAGAAGGAAGCCCUGCUUCGAAAGCUGGUGGCCUUGCUGGAAGAGGAGGCAGAAGUCAUCAAUCAGAAGCUGGCUUCAGACCCAGCCUUGCAGCGCAAACUGGCGCGCCUCUCUGCCAGUUCCUUCAGCCGCCUAGUGGAGCUCUUCUCUAGCCGAGAGGUCAGCCCUCGCCCAAGCCAAGCACUACCGUGCCCUGGGCCUCCGCCACCUUCCCCGGAACCCCUGGCCCGCCUGGCCCUGGCCAUGGAGCUGAGCCGGCGCGUGGCUGGGCUGGGGGGCACCUUGGCCGGACUCAGUGUAGAGCAUGUGCACAGCUUCGCGCCCUGGAUCCAGGCCCACGGGGGCUGGGAGGGCAUCUUGGCAGUUUCACCUGUGGACUUGAACUUACCCUUGGACUGA